GAUGGGCCCUGCAACUCCGCAAUUCGCAGUGCCUUACCUCGAUGGCAUCUAUCUUCAUAGUAGUUUCCAUAUAUGACGCGUCUUGUAGCUGGAAUCGGGACUAUAUAGGUGAGUCAGGAAGUGCCAGCACAGUAACUGCACAGUAACUGCUCGUACUUACAAGUCUCAGAGCCGCCUUCCUUUUCUCGUCUUAUAACAGAGCUUCCAUCGGCAACGAUACCUUGAGCUCUACUACCCGCUCACUCAUUCUCUUCCUACCUAUUCGUUCUUUCAACCUUGCAAGCCAAGAUGAUGCUUCUUUUCCGCUCGACGUUCAUCACCGCCGUCUCAGCAUUCGUAAUGGCGCUCUUCUUGUUCUCAAUGUCUGCCUCUGCUAUGCCGCAAUUCGGUCGUCCUAUGCUGCAUGCAUUGGAUGCCGUCACAACAGCUUCUGGGCCCAUUGAGGCGGUUCCCACAUCAGCAGCUACCAGUACAGGCACAGACCCGGAUCCUGCCUCAUCUUCAUCCGCGUCGAGUACAGCUACGACAACGCUGGCCGCUGCCAGUACCAGUACGAACGACGCGUCCAGUACAGCUACGACGACGCCGGCUGCUGGCAGUACUAACGGCGCGUCGAGGAGUCUGUGUGGUGGUAUGAGCGUUAUGCUCGGUGUUGUUGUGAGCGGGGUGUGGUUGGUGUUCUGAGCUGCGCAACUGUUGGUGUUGACAUUGAGCCAACAAGGACUUCUCACAUAAGAUAUAUUAUUUAUUUCUGACCCACAGUCGUGUUAUCUCUGCGUUACCUUCGUGUUUUUCUACGUCCUAUCGUUAUCUGGUGAGUCUAUUACCAUAGAAGCAACUUCAAGAAUCAGCAGGCAUCAUUUACUGCUGGUUAUUUAUGUAUUGCUAGUAUCUGCGUCUGUAGCCUUUACUUUUACUUGGUACUUGUUGUAUCCAUUCUUUUCUCCAUUGCAUACAUUUCUGGUGCACACAGUGAUUACCUGUAUCCGUAAAACUGCAAAUCCUCGGGCAUCAAAUUGAAAUCCAACUAUUACAUUCAUUGAUAUUUGGUCGUGUACCAUUGUUUGAAGGGGUAGACCGUGUCCUUAAUCUCUGUGUUAAUCGCCUUGACAUGCA